CAAAAGAUUUUUGGGGGAAAAAUGUCCCGAGUUCCUCUGGGGAAAGUUCUUCUCCGAAAUGUCAUUCGGCACACGGAUGCACACAACAAGAUUCAGGAAGAAACAGAAAUGUGGAAGAUGAGGGAAAUAGAGAAACAAUCAAUGACUGAAUCAUUGAAAAGAAAAUACAGAGAGCCUUCUCCUGAUCCAUCAAGGUGGGGCCACAGUGGUUACAUGGAGUUGUAUCCAGAAGAAUUUGAGACUAGCAGGGUCCUGAAAAGAGAAGUGAAAAAUGACAUCUUGUCUAGGAUUAAGAGCGUUCCCAAAUCUAAGAGUCGAAUGCGUUGUGAUGGGUUUGAUGAGAGUGAAUCUAGGGCUGUUCGAUCAAGUUCUCGUGCCGUGGUGACAAUGCAGCAAAACAUUUGGGAGGCACGACAGUCAAGUAAAAAGCUUCAAAAGAUUGAAGCAAGUGAUCCUGAACGGUGGGGGCACAGUGGAUACAAGGAGCUCUAUCCAGAGGAGUUUGAAAGUGAAAGUGAGGAACAAGGCAGCAACAAGGACAGCACACUCAAUGGGAAGAAAACCUCUCGGCAUAAAAAACAGAUAAGUCAGGGGUCACGAAAACGGAAGAGGUCAAAGCAGUCUCAUAAGAAGAAGAAGAAAAGAUCACACAAAAAAGUCAAACGAAAGAAACGGGAGCAGAGCACAGAUUCUUCAAAUGAAGGAACAAGUUCAGAUGAAAGGACUUAUGAGAGGAAAAAAACAAAGAGAAAACAUAAGAAGAAAAGUACAAAAAAGUUGAGAAAGAGCCCUUCAUUUUCCUCUGAUGAGAGUGAUUGGACAAGUGAAAGCGAAUCUGAGUUGAGCAGUUCUGAUGAGAGUGAAGCAGAGCAAAGCAGAAAGAGUAAGAAAAAGUCUCACCAGUCUAGGACAUUAAGUGAAACUGAAACAAUUGAGAAGAAAAACAAAAGGAAAAACUGGAAAGUGGCAAAUGAUGAGCGAUCUGAGAGUUCUGAGGAAGACUAACUCAAACUUUACAUCAGGGAAAUCUUGAGUAUUUUGCAACUGUUUUGGGGGGCUUGCAACAUUUUGAAAAAAAAUGUUUAAAACAUUUCCAGAACUGGUACUGUUUCAAAUUUGUAUAUAAAUGAACAGGAACAACAUCAACAGGUUGUUGUAAUCCUGUACAUGUUGACAUUUUUGUAAUCGUGGUUGAAAAGUGACCCCCCCCCCCAAAGGUGCACAUGAAGGGACAUUAUUCCAGAUCCCUUUUUGUGUUAUGUUUGGACCGUAGAGUAAUUCAUAAAGCCUGAACAAAUGGUUUUAGCUCACAGCCUGUAAUAUGGAUAGUAUUUGGAUAAAUGGAGUAUGUGGUACAAAAAUAGAGUACUCAUUGAAGAGUAUGUUCUGAGGAGGUUAGGACAUACAGUUAUUUAACCACAGUCCCAGGUAACCAUCUCAUUUCCAGCAUUUAUUGUGGAACCUCAAAAUGUUGUUUUUCCUGUUUGUGAUUCUUGCUAACAGUAAGCUCAUGGUAAAUGAAAAGGUACCCUGAAAGCACAAAGUUGAUUGUCUUCUGAAGUCUUGUGAGUAAUCUUUAAAUGAGAACAUUUUUUGACUUCUCCCUUGCUCAUUAAUUGGUGUUCAUCUACUAAACAGAUAUUUGUAUCCCAGAUGUGGAACUUUUAGUCCUGUUUAAUUGAAGAGUUGUAGAUUGCUUUCCCCAUGAAUGUUUCCCAUUUUUGUGAUCAUGCCUGAAAAAUGAUGCUUCCUUUAUACAAAAGUGGGUAAUUGAUGUGUGCUAAUACAUCACUGAUGUGAUUUGUUUGGUGAUGUUAGCUGUGAAAGACUACAAAGCAGGGAUGAAAAGUAUUAUAUUUUGAAGAUAUAUUGCAUUAUGUCUGCAUUUGAGUUGCAAAACCUAUUCCCUAUCAACGAAAAAAAAUGCAGUGGAACUAUUUCAUUGCUUAUGUUUGUAAAUAUUUGAUUCUCUGUUUGCCUUUGUAAAUUGGUAUUUUAGGAAAAUAAAAAAGCCUUUUAUAUUGCAUAUCCCAGACUAGCAAAAUUUAAGCAAUAAUGUAUAUGCCAUAUGCUGUGUAUUUGGGGGGUUUGGUUUUGUGGGAUAUCGGCACCCUUCAAAACGUGACAGCUGAUUGCAAGCUGAGGGCUUUUUUUCAGUUCAUAUGUUUUGCUGUUCCCCAGUUUUACACAUGUGAACAUGCAAGUCUAUGUUAUUAACAAGCAUUAUUUUUCUGAAGAGGCUGUCAAAAUAAUUUAGAUAUGUAUUGCUGUGCAUAGCGAGCAAAAAGUUCCUUUCAUAGUAGGAUCACACAUUAUUUUUAGGGAAACUAUAACCCAUUGACAUAGUGAAGAAUUGCACUUGAAGUGCCAGUGUUUUGCUGGCAUUGUCUUUUUUGUUUCCAUUAACUGGUUACUUGGUAGUAAAUCAUCACUGUGAACUGCUAUUUAUGCACUCUAUUCUGCCUAGUUCCUGUCUGGUUAUGCAAGGAAGAACACACACACACACACGUCAAACAAAGUGGAGAACAUUGUACUACUGCCAACCGGAAUGUGACAUCUGGUGGUGUACUUAGUUUAACCAUUAUGGUUGCAAAAUUGCCUCCUGAUUUUUUUCCCCAUUUUAAUCUGUGAAGGAGUUAUGAAGUUGAGAUGAUUCAUCUUUGUAGUAAUGUUGAAAAGUGUGGGUGGACUUGUGUAAUUGCAUCAUAGCAGGACAAACAAAAGAUCCUCUUUGUCUUCAAUUUUAUUAUGCUGUAAAUAGGGUCCCUUUUAGUAUUCUUAUUUUGUCUGGUAGGUAUUGUGAGCAUCCAAUACUCCUAGCUGGUCACUGUAAUAAAAGUGUAAUGCCUGUGUAAACUAAAUAGCUUAUGGUGGCUGUAGAGCUGUUGUAGGUAUGCAGAUGCAUUGUAAAGGUAUUUCUGUAAAUAUCUGUCAGGGUAUGUAACACGUUCUUCUCUUAAUUAUGUUUAAUUUGAUGGGCUUUUAUAAAAUUUUCAUUGUCCGUUUCCUAGCAGUAUAAGAAGGUAAAUGAAAAUAUCUUCUAAUAUCAUUCAUUUUAUUGUUUUCUAUUGGUUUGGGUGACAAAAGUACACAACCUAGGCAUGAUGUAGUUGCAAAGGUAGUACCACUUGUCUUUGGCCUUAAUGCUGUGUAUAUUCAACUGUGUAGGAUUGUCACUUUAUUUAGCAGCAGGUAUUGUAAAGUCCUACAUUCUCCACCUUUUACAGGAGUUUGGAUGCUGGCAUUCUGCAUACUCUUCUCUAGUUGUGGAGAACUAGAAGUGUGUAUGUUCUGUAGAGAGAUCUCUACCAAGAAGUCUGCCACCUAGCCUUACUGUGUGUACAGCCAUGCUGUUCAAAUGCUCAGGGUAAUGAUUGUGUUUAGUUUGCUAAAUUGUCUUAGUUGCUGUUUACCCAUUGAGUAUGCUUGGUUGUUAUAUAAUUAGGCUGCCCACAUUAAACACUUUUGAAAAAUGGA